AGGCCUGCUUCAUCUAGCAUUCUUGAGGUUCGACCAAGUUACUUCCGUUUUUUGUUUGCCACCCAAAAUGCCACCGUCGUCUAUGGGAUCGCUCGGUGGCGCACCCGCGCUCUUGUUACCUUAGCCUUCUCUCAGUCUUGGGAGAAAUGUGGCAUCGAGUAGUACCAUCCGGAGGACUGCGAGGCCGUCCUGAGCCCCCUGGUCGGACACGGUUUCUCCGUUUCCUCUUUCUCAACCUGCCGCUUGCGUGUCUGGGACUCAGCGAACGGACAACAGCUAGCAAAGAAGAUGGCGACUUUGAUUGGCGUGACCCUGAGCCCGCGUUUUUGCAUGAGACUGCGUUGAACAAGUACGGCCCGAAGCCUGUCCAGUUUUACGCAGUCCAUGAUGCAUCUGCUUCGGUGCAAUCCGGAUACAGUCAGCCUCGCAUCCCAGCGGAAGAUGCUGAGUAUGUGGAUGGCGAUCGUCCCGAUGAUCGUCGUAAGAACGGGCAAGUCGUCAAUGAGGGCGGCUUUCCAAUAAAAAACUCAGUCGCUGAAACGAGGAAGAGUCCACAUCAUGAUCAUGUAGCCAUCUCUACGAAGAUGGGUCGAGUCACGACCCCUCGAGGUGACUCGUCCUCAUCAAUGGCCACAGUUUUGGCAGACGAUGUUGUGCUCACCACCGACAAAGCCGCAUCAUUAACCGCGGCUCUCACAAACACGGGAGUUUUCGGUGAUGGUGAUGCCGGAGACGGGAUCAUUGCCGAUAGCACCGUGUCGCACGCGCAGGCCUCAACCUCUGGAACAGCCACGCUCAAACUUCUUACUGCGAACGAUCAGGACCAGCGCGGUUCUACGGACAUUGACACACUGCGCGCUCAGCAUGCGCAGUUACAAGAGGUAUAGUGGAUUGUGCGUAGAUGAAAGCAUCACAUGACCUCUCGCAUACUCUCUGUCUACCUCUUGGCAGCAUUCAUCAUCUGAGGUCGAAGAGUAGGUUGGUGUAUCUUUUCUCCUUUAAAUUCCUCUUCAGAAGUCAUCAUCCUCUCCGACUCCUGUUCAUAUUUUUCUUAGGAUGACGUGACGAACGCGCAGAACUUGGCCCGUGUCCGGAAGAGUGCUGCAGAACGGACCGCGCAGGCGCGAUUGCUAGACAGUAUGACGAAGGUGAGGAACAUAGCCGGUCGUGUUCGGGAGAGAGCCACAGCAGUCCUGAAUCGUUACGGCGUUGGCCUCAACGCAACCGCAACGGCGUCGACUGGUGGAAGCUUCGACUCCAUCUUCGACAACUAUUUUGAUAACUGGGAUCAGGCCAACUCCUACCCUACCUACAAGUGGCCGCAGACGUCGCCGCAAACUGCUGGGACGGUCGUGGUGGCGCAAGUGAGCAUAUCGAUGAACGCGACCUGUAAAGACGUACUGGAUGCUGUCAAAACGGCAGUUGCUCGCGAUUACGGCACCGUUCUCGCGGAUCACGUGAUGCGCGGUGCAGGCUGCUCUUAUGCGAGUGAAACUGCUGUUAUAUAUGAGUACUUCGAAGUACUGCCAUCUGAACGUCGAGUUGUAGAGAUAAUAUAUGAUAGUAGUUCUGGAAAUCCAAGGCAUGAUCCGCUCUAGUAUUGGAUUCUGCGAAUAAUUCAUCUGCGAUGUUGUGAUUCAGUUUCAGAACAGUUGAUGUGUUAUAGUAGGAAUUUGUAAGCACUCUUUUGACAUAAAAAGUAGACGAAGAUACCUUGUGGUCAUCGUCUUGAGUCGUACUUUCAAUAUCUUCUUCAACGCGUAUGUGAUUUUGAUGCUCCAAUCUUCGGCAGCAGGGGCGACCGAGAUCGAGCGCAGCGCGAAAGUAGGUAUGCAACUCAGUAGCGGACAAGACGCCAACACUGUGGCAAAAAAUCCCAGCUUCGUUCAGGCAAUGAAGCAGAGUUUCGCAAGCACGAUGGGAGUUGCUCUAUCUAAGGUCUCAAAUGUGCUGAUAACCGUGGUGACGAGCAGUGCAGCUACUCUUUUUCUCGAGGGAAACUUGGUUCAAACUAGUGACGGAAAAUCCGAGAGGACCACCACCACCACGGUCCAAUUUCUUGUGAAAGCCACUGUUUCGGUCGACACAGCCGCUGAAGCGGCGGCGGCUAUUGCUGCGUGGCCUGUAGAAAGCACUCCUGCUACUCUCGCAAGCCAUGUAACUGCACAAGUCACUGCCUCCAGCGCUCUCACAGCCGUUGUCAUUAGUGUCACUUCUGCUGUGUCCGUGCCUGCUCAGUCUAUAGGUGUAAUAGAAGAACCUCUUUCCGGAACUGCUCUUCCAGCACCUGCUACCACAACCACGACGACAACGUCGUCGACGACAUUCGAUCCUGCUGCCACGACAGUAGCACCUGUUGCCAUGACAGUAGCACCUGCUGCCACGACAGUAGCACCUGCUGUCACGACAGUAGCGCCUGUGGCCGCGACAGUUGCACCUGCUUCCACGACAGUAGCACCUGCUGCCACUGCAGUAGCACCUGCUGCCACGACAGUAGCACCUGCUGCCACGACAGUAGCACCUGCUGCCACGACAGUAGCGUCCGCUGCUACGACAGUAGCUCCUGCUGCUACAACGACAGUAGCACCUGCUGCCACGACAUUAGCACCCGCUGCCACGACAUUAGCACCCGCUGCUACGACAGUAGCUCCUGCUGCUACAAUGACAGUAGCACCUGCUGCCACGACAUUAGCACCCGCUGCCACGACAUUAGCACCCGCUGGUACGACAGUAGCGCCCGCUGCUACGACAGUGGCUCCUGCUGCUACGACAGUAGCACCUGCUUCUACGACAGCAGCGCCUGCUGCUACGAUAUCCCUUUCAUUGGCGAGUGGGUUUGAGGCAGAGAGAGGGCAGAGCCAGCACAGCAAAAACUUGCGUCGUGGCGCUGCUCUAA